AUGGUCUCUAUCGAAUUUGGCCUGUACCCGCACAUCUGGGACGCCAUCCUCUCGUACACCCAGCCCGGCGGAGCUGCCCAAGUUGCGUCUGGUCUGACAUGCGGUGCGUAUCUGUCUGCGCACCAUCAGGCCCAUUUCCUGGGCCCAGCUGCCGCCUCACCCAACCAUCGGCUUCACCGUGGAUUCCUGCACGAGCUCGUCCUCGUCCUCCCCGCAUACACUCACGGCAAGUUUCACGGUCGCAUGCCCGGCAUUUUCAUGGACCACAUUGUCGGGAUGGAUACGACCGAGCUCUUCAUGGCCUACUACGACAAAGCGUGCACCUUUACGAUCGUUGGAGCCGACGAGGUCCUUCCGGGAUACAGCCUGUGCGGCGCGAUGGCCGACCCUCUUCGCAGAACUAUGUUCGAGGGAUUUAAGCCCCGAGACAACGGCCCGGGGAAGGCCGCCAAGAUCAAGAAGAUGCUUGGCCUCAUCCAGUUCAUUUCGCGUGGCGAGUACAUCGCCCGCGUCGGCAAGCGCAUUGCCGAACUCGCGACUGUUGAGCGUCUGUGA